AGUAAGUAAUGCACACUAAAAAAAAAAAGCAUCUAUAUUUCAUCUUGAAACCAAGGCAGAAAUUCCACCCACCCCCCUAAAUUUCUCUCUCUUCUUUUCUUUUUUCUUACUAAACCAAUACACAAAAAAAAAAAUAUACACAAAUGAAAUUUCUGGAAGUGGACUCUUUAGAUUUAAUAAACACCGACUUUAGAUGGGAGACAUCUGAAUGCAUAUUAACAGGACGUGUUGAAGCGUACUCUUGUAAAUCUGCAGGAACAGACAAAAAGCUUUACAAGACGUUAGAGAACAGAUACAAUGCCGACUUGUUAGCACCUGGGUCCAUCUCGCCAGAUGAGUUGCAGAUUAUUUCUCCAUUUGGUAGAUUGACGGAAGCUGCACCUCGCAAAACAUUCUUUUAUUUACUUGCUACCUUAAACGCUGCCUUUCCUGAACAUGACUUUGAAGACGUUCGACCCGACCAAUUUUUGAAAUUGCCCUCGAUAGAGAUGGUGAUGAAUUCUGUAAAUACGACCUUAUUCAAUCUAGGUAAUGAUGUGAUUGUGAAUCGAUACAGGUUAUGGGAUGUGAUGGAUGAGAUUGUUCAAUUGAACGAGUGUGAUAUUUAUACCUAUAAUCCUGAUGUGGACGACGAUCCAAUGAACGAAGAAGAAGGUUACCUGUGGUCCAUGAACUAUUUCUUUUUUAAUCGAAAAUUAAAACGAAUGAUUUUCUUUUCUAUCAAGAGUGAAAGUAUGAAUGCUCCAACGGCUGAAGAUGAUAUUGAAGAUAUUGAAGAUGAUGACACGAUGGGAGCAAGGCGUUAUCAUGACGAAUUUUCCAUGGAUGAUAUGGAAUAAGAAAACAUACCAUAUAUAUUGUUUUAUAAUAAACAUCAAAAUAUUUAAGCGCUUUGUAAUCAAGUAAAGAAGAAGUGUCCUU